AUGCUCGAUUACGUGAAGAAGUACAUAUACUUCGAACUGCUGCUAAUUUUGCGGGUGGUGAACUACUACGUUCCGUUAGACAGGUACUUGAAUAUCGCAGUGAUAUUCUACCUGACCUUUUUGGGACUCAUUUAUUUGGCCUUUAAGUUUAGGUACCGUGGGGGUAACGGGUCGAGUGGCGUCAGUUGGGCGUUCGCCGGGAAGCACGUAUGUAUAGUGGGUGGGUCCGAAGGCCUGGGCUUGUCGCUGGCCAAGCGAAUCGUUCGGGAAAAGCCGAACACCCUAACCAUCAUGUCGAGGAACACGGCCAAGCUGCGCACAGCAAAGGAAGUCCUACUGCAGGAAGUUAGUAAACAAAAUGCCCACAAGGAUCCCCUCCAAAUAAAUAUAGUUAAAUGCGACAUCGGCAUGAAGGAAUCCAUCAAUGAGGCCUUCCAAAAUGUCCAAACUAAUAAUAGUAUAGAUAAGGAAAAGGACCAAUGGGGAAACCAAUCAAUGGGGAGUGUCCAAAGGAGGAAUAAUCCCCCUCACUCUCAGCAAGAGAGGGGGCAACCCCUAAACGAUGUGGAUGUCCUCAUCUGCAACGCCGCUUACAUCUGUACCGAAGAAAAUAGUAAACUUCAAAUGUACGAUUUGCUAUACACAGUAAAUACAAAUAUUUACGGCCACAUUGAUGUUAUAUCAAGGGUGGUUAAGAAUAUGAAGCAAAAAAGAAAAGGAUUUAUUUUGUUCGUUAAUUCUGAGGGAGCACUUUAUCCCGUUUAUGGCUAUUCCUAUUAUUUAAUGAGCAAAACAUGUCUGUGGACUUAUACAUAUAUUUUAGACCAGGAAUUAAAACACUAUAAUAUACAUUUUUCGAACGCGUUUCUCCCAUCCAUUCAAACUCCGGGGUACGCACAGGAGAAUUUAAAAAAACCUUUUGUCACGAAACGGAUUGAGGAUUUAACCAGCACUGUGGAUUCAGAUUAUGCGGCUGAUAAAGUUGUUCGUAAAGUUAAGGAGGGAAGGAAAUUCAUUACGAUAGAUUUUAACGGCUUCAUGUUGUCCGUUUUGCACAGCGGCUAUAGGAACCCCGAGUCCUACUUUGAUUACUUAGUUUGUGUAUCAUUCUGUGGCGUCUUCGUUUUUGUGUCAUCACUGUACAAACUGUAUAUUGAGCACAUAAUCCGAAGGAACGUCUUCCGCCCGUUGGAGGGUGUACGCCCUGGGGGGGAAUACUACACCGGGGUCUUUUCCCCCUCAAUUUGA